GGGAGCCAGGAACCUCAGUCUUUGCAGGUAGCAGGAGCCAGGCCUGUUCUGGGCUCCUGGGUGUGGAGCCAGGAAGGGUGGGGUGGGCCCUGAUUUGCAUGCUGCUGUCUGGCCUGCCCCUACUCCUCCCACAGCUCCUACCCACAUCUAUAAAGUCUGGGGAGAGGAAGGGACCCCCACCGCUUCCAGACGAUUCUUAGGAUGAAGUCAGCUCUGCUUCUCCUCCUUACCUUGACCGUGGUCGUUAGCACAGCCUGCGCACUCCGAUGUCACGUGUGCACCAACACUAUGAACUGUAAGCAACCUCAGACCUGUCCGGCCAGCUCCCAAUAUUGCAAAACUGUCACCACAGUGGAACCUCUGAGUGGAAACCUGGUGAAGAAAGAAUGUGCAGACUCAUGCACUGCCAACUACAGCCAGCACGGCCAAGUCAGCAGUGGUUCCGGGGUCACACACUGCUGCCAGGGCGACCUGUGCAACGAGAUGCUGUACAGUGCUGCGCCUGUACCUGCCCUGCUCGGCAGUGCCACCCUGGGCCUGGCGAUGAGCCUGAGCCUCCUCGCUCUUAUGGUUCUCGACAUAUAACGCACCGCUUCGGUCCUGGUUCCCAGGGUUCCCACGGCCCAUCCUUGGUCAUGAUGGAGGCUAAGGCUGGGGGGGGGGCUAUCCUUAAAGGCUGGGGCUGGGUCCUGGUGGGCACCAAGGGCCGUUGGCCUACAUAGCAUAGUGCCUGCCCCAGGACAGGGAGGUGUGGCCUGCCGCCCAGCGCGGGGGACAGACGUGAUCCAUCUCCUCUGAUGUACUCAUUCCAUUUGCUUUUCUACUUGAAUCUCCACAUGGAAAUAAAUGAUCUAAAAAUAC